AUGGUGAGAAGGGAGACCGAGCCCCUCCGGUCCGCGCAGUCUGCUCCCCGUGAACAGCGUAGAAGUCCGUCCGAGCCGAGCGAGGACGGCGAGGUCGCUUCGACCCGCCACCGGGCCAGCGAAAGCGCGGGUCAGACCCGACCCCGGCUGCUUCUACCUUCCCCCGGCCCUCCUCCUCCCCUCGCGCUCCCGCCGCUCCCCUCCUACGCGUCGUGGACCGAGUCAUCCCAGCUGUCGUCGCGCCAACGCCGGCGUAUCUACCGUUGGCUGGAGGAGACAGCCGCGCCUUGGGACUGCGAGCCCGCCACAUCGGCUCGUCGAGACGGGCGGGAAGCCCAAGAGAGCGAGGCCCACGAGCCCGAGGCACCGUACGCGUCCCAAGCCCCGAGAGAGCCACCCAGGGACUGGGUCCCGCCGACCGCCAUGGCCAACGCCAGCCUGCAAGUCCGCAAUGCGGACUUUUCCUCCGGGAAACAGAAGGCGGUCGAUGAUGCGAAACAAAUGCAGGCAGUUGUUGAAGAUGAAUGUAAGAAAGCGGGGAAGGAAGUGCCCCCUUACCUCCUCCAGGAGUUGAUCGGGAAGGGGAAUUACGGUCGGGUGUACAAGGCCACCGACCUCAAGACGAAGAAUGUUGUCGCCGUCAAAAUCAUCAACAUCGAAGAAGGCGACACGCUGAACCCCAAACUCGCCGACACAUAUAGCGAGUUCAUGAAAGAAUUCUCUGCUCUGAAAUUGCUCAGCGACAGCGGGGCGAAAAACAUCAAUCUCACUCUCGACGUGCUCCCCGUGGGACAGGCCAUGUGGAUGGUUACCGAAUACUGCGCCGGAGGAAGCGUGGCGACCCUGAUGAGGCCGACAGGGGGUUUGCAAGAAAAAUGGAUUAUCCCCAUUGUGCGGGAGGUAGCAGAGGCCAUUUACUGGGUCCACAAGGAAGGCAUCAUCCACCGCGACAUCAAGUGUGCAAACGUCCUGGUCACAGAAGCCGGCGGCGUCCAGUUGUGCGACUUUGGCGUGGCCGGCAUCAUCGAGUCCAAGCUGGACAAGCGCACCACCUUCAUUGGCACACUCAAUUGGAUGGCUCCGGAGCUAUUUGAUCCGGUGCCUUCCUACAGCACUCCGGUCGACAUCUGGGCCUUUGGCUCCUUGGUUUAUGAGAUGGCUACCGGUCUCCCUCCCAUGGCGGGCUUAGGCAUAGCCCAGCUCGGCCAGUACAUCAAGCAGCACGCUCCACGUCUAGACGGCGAUCAAUACUCAGACCAGAUCAAGGAUCUGGUGGCAUUCUGCCUGGUCGAGGAUCCCGCCAAGCGGCCCACCAUCCAGGAAAUCCAACAACAUCCGUACAUUUUCAAUACCAGCGACAAGUAUCCCACAUCGUCACUCGCCAACCUCGUCAAGGCGUACAAGCUCUGGGAAGCGCAGGGCGGCGUCAGAAGGUCUCUCUUCACCCCAGUCGGCGCGCAGGGGCCAGCGGACUAUGCUUCAGCAGGCCUCGAUAGCGACGAAUGGAAUUUCAGCACGACUGUCGACUUUGACCGGCAGAUCAUGAACACGGAUGCCCAAGCAGUCUACGAUGUGUACGGCUCCAACGUCGAUUUCGAGUUCAACGAGCAGACCUCUCGCCCUGCGAAGCCCAAGCAGCGGCGACGUCUUCCUCCGCAGCUCCAGCCGGUGAAGGCGCCCCUGGAGAAGGUAUUCGAUCCCAACACCAUCUCGAACUAUGAGGACAACUCUCGUGCGUACUACGGCAGAGCGCCGCCUCCGCCCAUGACGUCGACCACGUCGGAUCUUCCGCUUCGAGAUGACUCGCUCCACUCGACCCUCCGCGAAUCCCUCAUCGACCUGGAUGCGUCCCUUCACGAUGGGGGCGACCUAUCUCAGUUCGUCGACAUGGAGACCAUCCGAGCUGGCAUGCGUGUCCCCAGUGACGAACUUGACGAGGCCACUGACUUCAGCAAACCGCCCUUGAGUGAUCCCGCCGACUUCAAUCCCAACCGUCGCACCCAGGACUGGAAGUUCCCGACCAUGGUACCGCCCGCAUCAGCCAACCCCGAGGUGUUCCGGUUCCCGAUCAACGAGGAGGGAUCCGACUUUACGCGGCCUCCUCUUAUCCACCAUCCUACCGACCCUCUCAGUCUCUCCUCGGAGACCUACGAUUCCAUGCGGCCCAAAUCCCCAGACAACCGCGCCUCGGUCGGAAGUCUGAUCGAUCUGGACGAGGGCCUGGUCAUGCCCGAGCUUACUCGACCCUCCACCGCCAACUCAGAUGCCGUCUCGGUGACGGGAUCCGACAUUGGCGGCGCCAACCCGUUCGACCUGGAGCGCCACGCAUCCCUCUACUACCAGCCACCGCAGGUCGGAAUCCGCGAACCGUCCAUCUACGUCUCCGACGACAGCGACUUUGCGCGCAUGGCCAAGGCUACCACGGACGACGACAACAACAACAACAACAACACCAACAACACCCAGUCCAUGGGCAUGGCUGCCGAUUUUGGCGGUCCCGGUUUUCCUCCCAACGGCCGCAGCAGCUCGCGUUCGUCGACGACCCAUUCGCGGUCAACCAGCUACGACGAGGACAGCUACUCGGUGAACAACGACUUCGAUUCUUCGACCGAGUACCUCACCAUGAUCAACAACAACAACAACAACAACAACAACAACUCGGCAUCAUCUUCCAUGAGCAUGAGCAUCACCGACCGGCGCAGCAGACAGGGCCGGACGCGCACGCGGUCGCAGUCCAACGCGAGCGUCAGCAGCCAGGUCCAGCAUCCCAGGAUUGCGGCCAUGAACGGCGGCCCUGUUGGUAUGAUGAUGGAUUAUAGCCCGGAUGCGUACGGAUACGGAGGCGGAGGCGGGGGAGGAGGAGGAGGAGUCCCACCGGCUCCGCCGUCGGCCAGGGUCAUGCAGGGAGCGGCCGGCCGGGAGAUGGUGCGCGACGAGGUGAUGCGUUUGUUGGCGAGCUUUUCGAGCCAGCUCGGGGCCACGAAUGCGUACAUCUCGGCGCUGCCGGUUAGGGCGGGGCGGAGGGGCAGUGAGGCUUAUGCUGGUUGA